UCUAUAUAAUCCCUGCUUUCUUCUUCAUCCUAAACCCUACUGGUUCCUCAGCUUCACGCCGGCAGGGUUUCCUAGUGGUUACAAGGGCUUAUAAGCAGACCUUCUUCAUCGGUAACCAAUGGCUCCAGCUAAAGCGGAUGUUUCAAAAAAGGCUGAUCCAAAGUCACAAGCUGUAAAAGCUGCAAAGGCUUUGAAAUCGGGUCCCAUCCUUAAGAAGAAGGCCAAGAAGAUCCGAACUUCAGUUACAUUUCAUCGGCCUAGGACAUUGAAAAAGGAGAGGAACCCUAAGUAUCCUCGUAUCAGUGCUCCACCAAGGAACAAGCUCGAUCAUUAUCAAAUUUUGAAGUAUCCUCUUACUACUGAAUCUGCAAUGAAGAAGAUUGAAGACAACAACACUUUGGUGUUCAUUGUCGACAUACGUGCUGACAAAAAGAAAAUUAAGGAUGCAGUCAAGAAGAUGUAUGAUAUUCAGUCCAAGAAAGUGAAUACCUUGAUCAGGCCUGAUGGUACCAAAAAGGCUUAUGUUAGGCUGACCCCGGAUUACGAUGCUUUGGAUGUGGCAAACAAAAUUGGUAUCAUCUAAGGGUAGUGACAGAGCUACUUAGUAAGAGAGCAUACUCUUUGAGCUCACUCAGAUCUAGUUUUGAAGUUGUAACAGUUUUUGCUACUGAUUUAAAACAACGUCUUUGUCUUUUGUGGUUAUACCUGCAGUUCUGACUUUGUAGACUUGAAAAUUUAAUCUAUUUUGAAACAUCAUUUGAAUGCUCUUUCA